AAGAACAAAAAUGAGUAAGAGUGAAAAUGUUCAUGUAGUAAUGCUACCAUGGUCUGCAUUUGGUCACCUUAUUCCAUUUUCCAAUCUCUCCUUAGCCUUAGCUGAAUUAGGAGGAAUUCAUGUUUCAUUCAUUUCUACUCCGAAAAACAUCCAAAGACUCCCUAAAGUUCCUCCUAACUUAACACAUCUUGUAAAACUAGUGGAAUUUCCAUUGCCAAGUCUUGAUGACAACACUCUUUUGCCUGAAGACGCCGAGGCUUCUGUUGAUCUUCCUUUAGAAAAAAUUCAGUACUUGAAAGUAGCUUAUGAUCUACUCCGAGAACCGAUCAAAAACUUCAUUGCUGAUCAAAAACCUGAUUGGAUUAUUGUUGACUUCUUUCAAAAUUGGAUAGUUGAGAUUGCUGAAGCUUAUAAUAUCCCUAUCAUCCACUUCAGUGUUUUCUCAGCUGCUUCAAGAGCUUUCAUGAUUGCUGCAAGAGCUUCAGGACCAAUGCCUGAAAGCCUCACAUUACCUGUUUCUGAGAAGCUGCAUUUUCCAUCAACGUUGGCUUAUCGGAGUUAUGAAGCAGCAGAGCUUUUCUCCUUGUCUUUCCAAGAAGACGCCUCAGGGGAAUCAUACGCUCAACGUUCAGCCAAGGUAUUGAGAGCAUGUCGAGCUGUAGCUAUACGUAGCUGCAAAGAAUUCGAAGGUGAUUAUUUGGAUGCUAUGCAUAAACUCAUCUCUAAGCCUAUAAUCCCAGUUGGAUUACUAUCACCACCAUCAUGUGUAGACCUCAACAUCAAUCGUGAUCAAUCCUGGCAGAGGAUCUUAAAAUGGCUCAAUCAACAGAAUCCCCAAUCAGUUUUAUUCGUAGGACUUGGGAGUGAGUGUAAACCAAGUAAAGAUCAAGUAUAUGAAAUAGCUCAUGGGAUUGAACUAUCUAAGCUACCAUUUUUAUGGAUAUUACAAAAGCCUAAAUGGUGUAGUACUACUUUAGAUGAUGUGAAUCCUUUGCCCGAAGGAUUCAGGGCGAGGAAUGCAGAGAAAGGCGUGGUGCAUAUUGGAUGGGCGCGUCAAAAGGAAAUUCUAGCACAUUCUUCAAUUGGAGGAGCACUAGUUCAAGGGGGACUAGGUUCAAUUGUUGAAACACUACAACAUGGACAUGUACUUGUUGUUCUGCCAUUUGUGCAUGAUCAAGGGCUGAAUGCAAGAUUGAUAGUAGAAAAAGGAUUCGGAAUUGAAGUGGAGAGAAAUGAAGAAAACGGAUCGUUUACUAGAAAGGAUAUAGCCAAGGCAUUGAUGUACGCCAUGGUUUCCGAGGAAGGUAAAGAGAUGAGAGAAAGAGCAAGAAAAGCUAUUGAUAUUUUUGGAGAUAUACAGCUUCAGAAUUCUUACAUUGUUAGCUUUGUUGAGUAUCUGAAAUUCUUACAUUGUUAG